GAACCCCCGCCCCAAGCUCCCGCCCCCGGAGCGCGCCAGGUGCCUGCGCAUGCGCCCCGGCGUCCCUCUGCUGUUUGGCCGUUUCCAUGGCUACGACUCCGAUCCGUGAGGGGUCCGGGAGCAAGAAAAUGAAACUCAAGAGCCUCCUGCUCCGUUAUUACCCGCCAGGAAUUAUGUUGGAAUAUGAGAAAAGUGGAGAAUUGAAGACCAAAUCCAUAGAUUUACUUGAUCUCAGUCCCAGUACUGAUGUCAGUGCCCUAGUAGAAGAGAUACAGAGAGCAGAACCUCUAAUCACAGCUUCACGAUCACAUCAGGUGAAACUUUUAAUUCAGAGACUACAGGAUAAACUCAGAGAGCACAGCGACCACCAAUUCGAACUUUUCAAGGUUCUCAGAGCACAUAUACUACCAUUGACUAAUGUUGCACUGAAUAAAUCAGGCUCUUGCUUCAUCACAGGAAGCUAUGACCGAACCUGCAAAGUCUGGGACACCGCAUCUGGAGGGGAACUUUUCACCCUGGACGGCCACAGGAACGUGGUGUACGCCAUCGCAUUCAACAACCCUUAUGGUGACAAAAUUGCCACUGGGUCCUUUGAUAAGACUUGUAAACUGUGGAGUGUAGAAACGGGAAAAUGUUACCAUAUCUUUAGGGGUCAUACAGCAGAAAUAGUGUGUUUAUCAUUCAAUCCUCAAAGCACAUUGGUGGCUACGGGAAGUAUGGACACAAUGGCCAAACUGUGGGACAUUCAGAAUGGAGAGGAAGUAUUCACUUUAACCGGACAUUCAGCUGAAAUCAUCUCCUUGUCCUUUAACACCUCAGGAGACAGAAUCAUCACGGGGUCUUUUGAUCACACAGCUGUAGUGUGGGACACUGCGACUGGAAGGAAGGUGUGCAACCUAAUUGGGCAUUGUGCCGAGAUUAGCAGUGCCUUAUUCAACUGGGAUUGCUCUAUGAUAUUGACUGGUUCUAUGGACAAAACAUGCAUGUUGUGGGAUGCUACAAGUGGAAAAUGUAUAGCAACAUUAACAGGCCAUGAUGAUGAAAUACUUGACUGCUGUUUUGAUUACACUGGAAAGCUUAUUGCAACUGCUUCAGCUGAUGGAACAGCAAGAGUUUUCAGUGCAGCCACCAGAAAAUGCAUUACUAAAUUGGAAGGUCAUGAAGGUGAGAUUUCAAAGAUUUCUUUCAACCCCCAAGGGAACCAUCUUCUAACAGGAAGCUCUGACAAAACAGCGAGAAUCUGGGAUGCUCAGACUGGCCAAUGCCUCCAGGUGCUCCGGGGGCACACGGAUGAAAUCUUCUCAUGUGCUUUCAACUAUAAAGGCAACAUAAUCAUCACAGGCAGCAAGGAUAAUACCUGUCGGAUAUGGCACUGA